UACUCGCGGCUCCCGCACGACCAGUACCCGAAGAACACUCGAUUUGACCGGUUUAAAGUGACGGCGCACAAAUGAGUGCUGUUGCUAGAUCCGGAUCUGAUGGGAAUCGCCGUCAUCUAGCCACGUUCCGUUUCACAGAUGAACGAAAUGUUUUAUUUGUGGAACUUUUAGGCCGUGAGCCAUGUCUCUGGAACCAGCGACCAUAUUCAAUGAGAGCCAGAAAUGCUGCUCUUAAGCGCAUACAAGCCGGCUUAAAUGCUCAACUUAUGAGUCGCGAGGCUCCACUGCAUUUAGAUGGUGUUAAGAUCAAAAUAUCGGAUAUGCGACGUCUUUACACACAGGAAUUGAGAAAGAUGCACUUGAAUCAAAAUUAUAAACCAAAAUUUUCAUGGUUUGAACCACUGCAUGCCUUUCUUGGCGAAUUCUCUGAUUCUCUGGAUCCAAAAAGAGACUUGUCGUCGCCACAAUUGAAACAAUUUAAAAUUAGACUAACACGCUUGAAGCAACUUCCAUUACCAACUCAGAUUAAACUAGAACCUGAAGGAGUUCUUGUGACAGUUGAGGAGCCAAAACGUACACCAUUUACAACAUUGCCAGCUCCGAUGCCUCCGCCUCCGACUCCUUUGGUACCUGCCAUUAUUACACAUCCACCGCCGCCUCCGGUGGUUUCAUCUUCAGUUUCGCAUUUCUGCGAGAUAAGCCCAACGAAAAUGCCACCAAAUGAAGGAUGUGGUGGAGAAGGCGGAGGAGGAGGAGGUGGGCGACGGCAUUCGGAAGAUGAGUUUACAUUCUUUGGCCUAAGCGUUGCGGCCCAACUUCGCAAUAUGCCGCUAGAGAGCGCCAUGAUUAUGCAAUCGAAAAUACAGUACUUACUAUCCAUGGAACGUCGCAAGAUAAAUGGCCAUACGACUGAUGUGAAUUUAUUUUAAUGUUUUUUAGUUGUUAACAAUACUCUCCAUUGUAUUUUUUUUAAAUAUUUCUAUAAAGUCUGAA